UUGGGUUCAAAUAGAGGCGGCGGGUGAAUGUGGCGCGUUCGACUUGGUCAGAAAAGUGCUCGACUUGAAGAUGUGGAGGGUGAAAACGCUGAAUCUCUGUUUGUCGCCUUCGCCCCAACCGGGAAAACCAGCUAUGAGAACUCCUCUCCGAGAGCUUAAACUGCAGUCCGAGGCCGUCACCAAAUCAGGGAAAGGACCCCCCAUGUUCUCGCUGACCUCAACCCUGCAAAAGCUGGAGCAGGAGGAAAGUCUCAACAGCUCAUCUCCAGAGGCUUUUAUCAGUUUAGAGAACUCAUCUCCAGUGAAUUUUAACAAUACUGAAAACAACUUCCUUUCAGAACAGUUCAGCCAUCCUUCAAAGUACAUAGACACUUGUCAGCAUGAAUCCGAUCCAACGCCUGAAAGCAACUCUGCUCUCCAUUUAUCUGGGAGAGCAGUAGAAACAAUGGAUGACUUUGUAGUGGAACCAAUUGAUGAACAUAUACUUAAUACCAUGGUUCUUUUACCCUUUCCACUAGGGCAGCAGCAAGACCUGCUGCCCAAGGCUCACUUAGAUACCACAGCAGAGGUGACACCUUGUGUGGAAGACAGCUUUACCGAAGUUGUUGCUGUCAGGCCUGAGGAUCCUACAUUUCAGGAUCCUCCAUUGAAAGACAGUAAUACUGAAGCUGCACCUGAGGACUUAGUACCUUCUGAAAAUGGCUUGAAUUCCUCUGUGGCUUGGCUUUCUCCUUCAACUGUCUUGACCAAAACCUUCCCUGUUGAUCAUGUAGAUCCAGGAGAGGAAACAGUAGAGAACAGAGUUAUACAGGAAAUAGAAAAGAGUGUUCCCACAUUCUCUGAGGAGGUUGAACUGGGAGAUCAAGCAGUUGAUACAAAUACAGAAGAUAUCCCGUCCUCGUAUCUGGCAUCAGGUCUAGUAGAAAUAGGACCCCAGGAAGUUCCAGGCCCAACAGGAGAAGAUGCUGAUAGGAUUCCUGGCUUAGAUUCAGAGACUUGGAUGUCCCCAUUGGCUUGGCUUGAAAAAGGUGUAAAUAUGUCAGUCAUGCUUCAAAAUCUCUGCCAGAGAUUAUCCUUUCCUAGUUCUAUGCUUCAGGAUGCUGCCGUUGGCAAUACACCACUCUCCACUUGUUCUGUGGGAACUUCCUUUACUCCUCCAGCACCACCGAAAGUAGAUGCCAAAGAUAGUACUUCAGAGACAGAACGCCUCCUCUUGGGCUGCAGUCCUCCGGAUCUGACUGCCUUGUCCCGACACGACUUGGAAGAGAACCUGUUGAAUUCCAUUGUCUUGCUGGAAGCUCUUUCCCACCAGCUACAAGCUUGGAAGAGCCAGCUGACUGUCCCUCACCGGGAAGCUCAAGACAGUGGCACUCAGACUGACAGCUCUCCUUGUGGGGUCACUAAGACACCUCAGCAUCUUCGGGACAGCAAGGAGAUUAGACAGGCCCUUCAGCAAGCCAGGAAUGCCAUGCAGUCAUGGAUGCUAGUCUCAAGAGAACUGAUACCCUUGCUUCACCUGUCCCUGGCACACAUGAGCGAAGACAGAAUGACAGUGAAUCAGGAGUCUCAGCGUGCAGAAACCCUGGUUUCCUCCUGUUCUCAUGUACUGAAGAAACUGAAGGCGAAGCUUCAGAGCCUUAGAACAGAAAGAGAGGAGGCAAGGCACAGAGAGGAAAUGGCCCUUAAAGGCAAAGAUUCGGCAGAGGCAGUACUGGAGGCUUUUCGUGCUCAUGCCAGCCAGCGCAUCAGCCAACUGGAACAGGAUUUGACAUCUAUGAGGGAGUUCAGAGGCCUUCUACAGGAAGCCCAGACCCAAUUGACAGGGCUCCACACAGAGCAAGAGGAGCUGACUCAGCAGACAGUGAGUCUAACUUGUGCCUUACAGCAGGACUGGACAUCAGUCCAACUGGAUUACGGGACAUGGGCAGCUUUGCUGAGUCGGUCUCUAGAACUCACCAAGAAACUCACAACCAAGAGCCGGCAGGCCCUUCAGGAACGUGACACUGCAGUUGAGGAAAAGAAGCAGAUUUCGAAGGAACUGGAACAAGUCUCUGCCUAUUUAGAGGACUAUAAAGGCCAAAUAGAACAACUGAAGUUGGAAAAUAGUCACCUCACUGCAGAUCUCUGGGCUCAGCAGCAGAUUCUGACUAGCACAGACAGCCAACUAAAGGAACUACAGGGUCAGCAUUCCUGUUGUGUCCAGGACCUGGCCAUGAAGGAGGAGUUGCUGUGUCAACUUACACAGAGCAACAAGGAACAGGCUGCUCAAUGGCAAAAGGAAGAAAUGGAACUAAAACACACCCAAGCAGAACUGCAGCAUCAGCAGGCGGUACUGGCUAAGGAAGUACAGGACCUGAAGGAGACCCUGGAGUUUGCAGAUCAAGAGAGUCAGGUUGUGCACUUGGAGCUGGGCCAGAUGGAAAGUCAGUUGAAGGCCACACUGGAAGUGCUCCGGGAACGCAGCCUGCAGUGUGAGAACCUCAAGGACACGGUGGAGAACCUGAGGGCUGAGCUGUCCAGCACCAUAGCAAAGCAUGAGAAACAGGCCCUGGAGAAGACACAGAAGCAUUCCCGAGAGCUGUGGCUGCUGAUGGAGCAGCUCCACAGUGUCACCCUCUUCUUACAGGCAAAACUAAGGGAGAACAAGGCCGAAUCAGAGAUCAUUCUGCCCAGCACAGGCUGUGCUCCAACUCAGGAACACCCUCUGCCUGACGAUAGUGCCAUUUCAGAACAGGUCCUGACAGCAGCAGCAGAUGAAGCAUCAGAACCAGCUCCUGCACCACUGCUUGGAAGUGAUAAGAGUGCUUUCACCCGAGUAGCCUCAACAGCUUCCCUUCAGCCUACAGAGACCCCAGACCUGGAGAAGAGCCUGGCAGAAAUGAGUACUAUGUUACAGGAGCUCCAGAGCCUAUGUUCCCUGCUGCAAGAGUCUAAAGAAGAAACUGUCAGGGUCCUGCAGAGAAAAAUCUCUGAACUGCAGACUAGACUACAGGCCCAAGAAGAAGAGCAUCGGGAAGUCCAGAAGGCAAAGGAAGCAGACAUAGAAAAGCUGAACCAGGCCUUGUGCUUGUGCUACAAGAAUGAAAAGGAGCUCCAGGAAGUGAUACAGAAGCAGAACGAGAAGAUCCUGGGGCAGAUAGACAAGAGUGGCGAGCUCAUAAGUCUCAGGGAGGAGGUGACCCAGCUCACACAUUCACUUCGGCAUGCAGAGACAGAGACUAAAGUGCUCCAGGAAGCCUUGGAAGGCCAACUAGAUGGAAGUUGUCAGCUGAUGGCCACUAACUGGAUCCAGGAAAAAGUGUCUCUCUCACAGGAGGUGGACAAGCUGAGGGCCAUGUUCCUGGAGAUGAAAAGUGAGAAUGCGAAGCUGGUGGCCAAGUAUCAGAGCCACAGGAACAUCCUGGAGGAGAACCUUCGGCGCUCUGACACAGAGCUAAAGAAGCUCGAUGACACUAUUCAGCAUAUCUAUGAGAUUCUGCUUUCUGUCCCAGAGGUGGUAAAGAGUUGUAAGGAGCUACAAGGCCUGUUAGACUUUCUAAGCUAAGAAAAUGGAAAUAGUGCGAUGUAGUGGUGUGCACCUAUAAUUCCAGCUACUCCAGAGGCCGAGGCAGGAGGGUUGCUUAAUCGCAGGAGUUCAAGACCAACGUGGACAAUACGCAAAGAAACUGAAAGCUGAUUCCACUUCACUCCUGUUCCCUUCAGGAUCCCUUACUGCAAUAGUAGGACCGACUGGCAUAGAGCCAACCAUGUUUUAUGCUAUUUAAAUAAAGUAUAUUUAAUGUA